AUGGCUAACAUCAAGCUACGAGUGCUUCAAUUAGCGAACGAGCAGAGAUCAGCGUAUGGGCUUCGCUACAAUGACUAUGAAAGGUACAGAAAACAUUGCGCCAAUCGAACGCAUCGGUUGAGAUCGUCUCUGAAGAUGACCCACGGGAAAGGUCGCGAGUUCAAGAAACUCCCAGAGGUGCCUACGGAGAACCUAAAGGCUGGGCAUUUGGAGUUGCUUCUAUUUGAAGCGGAACGGGCAUGGUCGUACUCUCAAGAAUUACUUGCCUUGGUCCCCAAAAAACCGGAUGCCGCACGGGGGUUGAAGCAAACUGCCAAGGGGCGAUUCCGCCGUGCGGUGAAUUGGGCAACGCAACUGUUGUCUCGCUGCCAAACACUCUACGCAUCAGGAGCACUUUCGGCUGAAAGCUUCCUCGAAGUUCACAUCUACGUAUUAAUCCUUAAUGGCCGUUGGCUGCGUCAAAGAUACGAACUGGACGAUGCACUCAUUCAACUCAGCGUCGCGAAGAGUCUACUAGAUGAACUUGCGGCCACCGCGCCGACUAGCAGAGAUCAAGCUCUAGCCGUCCUGUUCGCGGAUGAAAUCAGCCCAGAGAUCCGCUACUGUGCCCACGAACUGGGUCGCGCAAAAGCGUACGAUAUUGAGGGCAUCGUAAGCGAGUUUGCUCCAAAGCACAAGAAUGAACUAGUCGAGGAUUGUGACAAAUUACUCGAACGGUUGAAGGAAGAAGCAUCAUCUGCGGGUGUGCAUGAAACGAGCAGGAAGUUGAAACCGCUCUUCUGGGAAGGCACACCGGUCCCCAUCCGCAAUCCGGAAUUGGUCGAUGUCUUGUUGAAGGUACAGGAUGCUCAGGCGAGAUUAGAGGGUGAACCAGCGACAUCAGAAGGUACCGAUGAGAAGGGGAAACGGAAGGAAAGCAAAGCCAGCAGCUCCAAGAAGGGGGUGGCCGCCUACGAUGCGAUUCUUCAUGCUUUAAGCGACGCAGAGGAAGUUGCUCGGAAAUUAGUAGAAGCCCAGCAGUCGAGCGGGACAUCAUCCAGCACCGUUGGCACCUCCAGAGAUACGCACUUCGUCCAAGCAUACAUCGUUUACCAGCUGCUUUCCCGCCGUAUCCAACGCGAUCUCCUGUUGACAUCGAGUCUGCUUGCGUCGCACACAACCUCACGAAAGCCCCCUCUGACUACCUUGAGGACAUCGGAGCAGGUUGAUGGCAGGCUGUACCCAGCAGUUAUCAAGCUCUACGACACCGUCUUACAGAGUCUCGGUCAAAUGAGAACACUAAGUAUAGUAGACGACAAUCCCGACCUCUCAUCAGCUGUCGAGGCCCGUAUAUCCUUUACAAAGGGCCAAAGAUGCUUCUACCUGGCCAAAUGCUACAUCCCAGUCAAAAAAUACGCCGAGGCCCUCGUGCUCUCCCAAAAAGCCAAUAUCCAUCUACGUGAAGCUCGCUCUACAUUAUCCAUCAUCGGGACAGACCCUAUCAAUACCGGGUCCCCAGCAUUCUAUCCGCUAACCAACGACGAAUGUGGCAAACUCGAAGCAGACCUCGCUGCCGAUGCAUUACGCUUCAAGAAGGAAUGGUUCGCUUACAACGGCGGCUCUGUAAAGGCUAGCAACGCCGGGUUCAAGAAGCCGUUGUUCUUCGAUAUUGCCCUCAACUAUGUUGAGCUGGAUAUGGAUAAGCUCCAAGAGAGGGCAGGCAAAGCCCCUCGACCACCCGUACCAAUUGCCGCGCCUCUGCCGGUGUCUGCCAAAGCCACUGAACCAAUAGGGAAGAAAUCGCAAGCAGCCAAGGUCGUUGAGGAAGCCCGUCCUGCUACUCCUGAGCCUACCCAACAGCCGGCACGCGGCGGACUUAGCAAUCUCCUGGGAGGUUGGUGGGGGCGAAGCUAA